AUGAGACCGUGGCUGACGUGUCUACUUCUCAUUUCUUCUUAUAUUGGUUUCGCUGAAGCUCAGCAACCAACCAAAUGCGUUGCUGGACGUCCAGACUGCUGUGAUCGCCAUCAAUUUUGUGUUUUUUGGGCUCAGCGAAACGAAUGUAACAUCAACCCCAGAUGGAUGAAGAAAAAUUGUCAAGUUUCCUGCAACGUUUGUUCCGGAAGUCGUGAUGAUCCUUCGACAACAUCGUCAUCUCCAUCAACCAUCACAACUACCACGAUGGGACCAUUACCUGUUCCUCGACCAAGCAAUUCAAGUCAAUCUGGGAUUCCUGCCGGGUGUAGUUCCAUUUCAGCAGUUCAAGUCGAGACACGUCAAGUUUUUGGAGCAGAUGCUUUGACUAAACGGUUCAACCAAAUUGGAUGUGCUGAAGUUCAAAUUGGGCCAGAUUGUUCUGUAAACAUGUGCUAUCACAAGAAGUAUAGAAGUCUCGAUGGAACUUGCAAUAAUAUGAGAAACACCAUUCUCGGAGCUUCUUUCACUCCUUUCACGAGAAUGUUAAGUGCUGCCUAUGAUGAUGGGUUCAAUGCUUUAGUAGCUACAAUCAGACGUAAUCGCCCAAACGCACGUGAAAUUUCCAUGUUCCUUCUUUCAUCUUCCCGAGCGCUAGACAGUCACGCUAACAGCAUGCUGAUGCAGUUCGCCCAGUUUGUAUCACACGAUGUUACAAAAAACUCCUUGAUUAAUACUUGUAACUGCCAAUCAGCUGGGCCUCAAUGUGGUAACGUUAUAGUACCUGCUGCUGAUAGAGGUGGACGUCAAUGUAUACCAUUCACAAGAUCUACUCCUGUUUGUGGUACUGGAGUUCCUAACCGUAUAAGAGAACAACUCAAUUUGAAUACAGCAUUCAUUGAUGGAAGUUUGAUUUAUGCUUCUGAAAGUGUAACCUUGCGGGCUUUGCGUGUCGGAUCAAUGCUUAGGACACAGGUGAUUAAUGGAAGAAUUUUCCCACCUGGAAAUGGAAGAAAUUCUAUGUCAGUAGGAGAUGAUCGAGCUCCAUUGUUUGUUGGAUUAGCCGCUCUUCACACAACUUUCCUUCGUCUUCACAACAACAUCGCUGCUCGUCUGCAGAACAUGAACCCUCAUUGGAACCAAGAUCGAGUGUUCCAAGAAACUCGCAAGAUUGUUGGAGCUAUCAUACAAGUAAUCGUUUAUCAAGAGUUCCUUCCAACUUUGAUUGGACCAUUCCAUUCACGCUUAGUUCCAAGAUAUGGAGGUUAUCAAGCAAAUGUUAAUCCAUCAGUUAUCACAGAGUUCUCUACUGCUGCUUACCGCUUACAUGGAAUGAUUCAGGAAAGCUAUCCCUUACUGGAUUCUAACUUCAGAGAAAGUGGAAACACUCCAUUCUUACGCGGUGUUAAUAACUUUGCUCAAAUCAUGGGAGACAUUGAUGCGAUUUACAGAGGUCUCAUAGCCACACCAGCCAGAAAUCCUCAACGUAUAACCACUUCAGUAACAGAACGUCUGUUUGAUGGGAUGGGGGACAUGGCUACAUUUAAUAUUCAAAGAGGAAGAGAUCACGGGCUUCGACCAUACAAUGAUUAUAGGAAGUUAUGUAAUCUUCGCCCUGUCACCAAUUUUACAGAUUGGCCAGAAGUAACAAAUCCUAGUGUACGACAACGAGUAGCUCAAUUGUACUCAAACAACCCAGAGAACCUGGAUUUAUAUGUUGGAGGAAUUUUGGAAGAGCCAAUUGAUGGUAGCAUGGUUGGACCAACGUUUGCUUGCAUCAUUGCUGAACAAUUUGUCCGCCUCCGUGAUGGGGACAGAUUCUACUUUGAAAACCCUGAAGCAUUCACAUCUGCUCAAUUGGCCGCUUUGAAGAAAACAAGCUUAUCGUGGGUUUUAUGUGAUACAGGAGACAGCAUGACCAGAAUCGUCCCUAAAGCCUUCACCACAGAUAGAGGGAACCAAGCUGUUUCAUGUGCUUCCAUAACUCAGCUUGACUUGACUCCUUGGACUGACUAA